AUGGUGUGUGGGAGAGGACGUGGUUGUCGUGGUGGCCGUGGUGGCCAGAUUGAUGAAGUUACAGAUCUGCGUAAUCAAGUUGAGGCGUUGACAAUCCGAUUUGAUCAAUUCAUGAUGUGUGCGGCAGAGGUUGUGCAGAACGGAACACCUCCUACUCCUCCACGUCGUGCCCCACCUCGUGUGCAACAACAGGACGCGUUUCAACGAUGGGAAUCUGGAUUCAAGGUUGAUAUACCUGAAUUUCACGGUGGAAUUGAGGCAGAUGAAUUCCUCGAUUGGCUGGCAGCAGUAGAGGAGAUCUUGGAUUACAAAGAAGUGCCCGACAAUAAAAGGGUACCUUUGGUGGCGACCCGUUUGCGUGGUCGUGCUGCUACGUGGUGGCAGCAAUUGAAGCAAAACCGGAUCCGUCAGGAUGCUUAUUCCACAGAGUUUUACCAACUGAUAGCGCAAAAUGAUGUGGGAGAAUCAGAAGACCAGUUGAUAGCUGAAAAUCAACAACAACGUCGUUCUGUAGUAGGCAUUCCUGGUGGUCCAUCUGGAGGUGGGGGUCGACAAUUUGCCCCAAAUCCCACAUCUGGUCCGUCCCAAUCCUUUACAUCUGGGGGUCGGGGUGUUGAUCGGAACACUCGGCCAGUGGUUCCUCCAACCGCUAAUCCGGGUGGCUGGGCUCCUCCUGGUGGACGAGGGCGUGGAAGUCAGUGUUUUGGUUGUGGUGAUUUUGGUCAUUUGAGGAAGGAAUGUCCAUCUCAUGGGCAGCCACGCCCAGGUUUGUUCAUUGGAGGGACAACACAAGCCGAUGUUAAAGAUUCUGUUCAUGUGGAGAAUGAAGAAGAAGAGGCUGAAAUUGUGCAUACAGGUGACACGGGGCCUCUUUUGGUUGUCCGACGGGCGUGCCUUACGCCUAAGGGGUCGUCUGAGGACCUGCAGCGAAACAAUUUCUUUCUUUCUACGUGUACCAUUGGAGGAAAGGUGUGUAGGGUCAUCAUUGAUUCGGGCAGUUGCGAAAAUGUGAUAUCUCAAACUACUGUGCAGAAGCUGCAGUUAAGCACCGAACCUCAUCCUGCUUCCUAUAGCCUAGCCUGGUUGAGACGAGGUAAUGAAAUUCGUGUUACUAGCCGUGUGUUGGUAUCUUUUUCUAUUGGCAGUGUGUAUCAUGAUAGUGUUUGGUGUGAUGUGGUGCCGAUGGAUGCGUGUCAUUUGUUGUUGGGUCGUCCAUGGCAGUUUGAUAGGGAUGUGUGCCAUGAAGGGCGUCGAAAUGCAUAUACAUUCACCUUUUCGGGUAAAAAGAUUGUAUUACUACCCUCCAAAGAUAUGCAGUGUCUGUCUUCGACAGGGGACAGUAGUAAUCUACUUUUCCGAUCUUUGUUUGUGCAUGAGAUGCUGACAAAAGGUGUUGUACUGUUGUUUGUGGGAACUGAGGUGACAGGAGUGUCGACAAUUCCUAUGGCAGCCGAGGGAACGGGUCUUCACCCCAAAGCUGCCGCCUUGGUAUCUGAGUUUCAUGAUGUGUUUCCGGAUGACUUUCCACAGGGUCUUCCGCCUUUGCGGGAUAUGCAACAUCACAUUGAUUUAGUACCGGGCGCAUCAUUGCCUAAUCGCCCACAUUAUCGAAUGAGCCCAGUGGAACAUGAGGAGUUGAGGAGACAAGUAGAGGAGUUGGUGCAGAAGGGGUACAUCAGAGAGAGUCUCAGCCCGUGUGCAGUCCCCGCACUCCUAGUGCCAAAAAAAGAUGGGAGUUAUCGGAUGUGUAUAGAUAGCAGAGCCAUCAACAAAAUAACAGUUCGUUAUCGCUUUCCGAUACCGAGGCUAGAUGACUUGCUUGAUCAGUUUGCCGGCGCAACUGUGUUUACCAAACUGGACUUGAAAAGUGGUUACCAUCAGAUAAGAGUCUGUCCUGGUGAUGAGUGGAAGACAGCAUUUAAGACACGGGAAGGAUUAUUUGAGUGGCUAGUUAUGCCGUUUGGACUAUCCAAUGCACCGACCAUGUUCAUGCGGGUGAUGAACCAAGCACUUCGACUGUUUAUUGGUAAGUGCGUUGUUGUAUACUUCGAUGACAUAUUGGUGUACAGUGGGUCGGAGGAGUCUCAUGGUGUGCAUCCAAGGGAAGUCCUUACUGUUUUACGCAAGGAGAAGUUCUUUGCAGCCACUAAGAAUUGCGUGUUCUAUACCGAUAGUAUUUUGUUUUUGGAGUAUGUUGUGUCAGUCGGUGGGGUAACGGUGGAUGUAGCUAAGGUUGAUUCGAUUCGGCAGUGGCCGCGUCCACAGUUAGUUUCUGAUGUGCGGAGUUUCCACGGUUUAGCGUAG